CUUGACGAAGUUUGAAUCAAUCAAACAAAAGCAUACAAUGUGAAAAAGGUGAAAUAAAAACUAUAUAAAGCAAAAUAAAAUAAGGGAAGAAGACGGGCGGUUGAACAUCGGUUGCAGUCAAACCAAGCAAUAAUACUCCUAUAUUUAUACUCCAAGAUUUUCUCAUUUGAUGGGGGAAGAAGAAAACACACAACACCCCAAUUCAAAUCCCACUCCAAAUUCAAAUCCGGGGCCUAAUCCAAACCCGGAUCCGAGCCAGGCCCCUGGGGCUCAAUCUGCAGCUGUGACUUUGGAGACGGAGAAAGAGGCGGGUACAGAUAUGGCUAGAGCUUCCACCUCUUUAGCCCCUAAACCUUCUUGGUUUACUCCGAAAAGGCUUCUUGCUAUUUUUUGUGUGAUCAACUUGAUAAAUUACAUAGAUCGUGGAGCUAUAGCUAGUAAUGGUGUAAAUGGGAGCGCCAGAACUUGCUCAGAAAGUGGUGUAUGCACACCUGGUAGUGGAAUUCAGGGUGAAUUUGACAUGACUAACUUUGAGGAUGGAGUUAUAUCAUCUGCUUUCAUGGUUGGCCUCCUUGUGGCAUCUCCGAUAUUUGCAUCUACAGCCAAGAGUGUCAAUCCUUUUAGGCUCAUUGGAAUUGGCUUGACUGUUUGGACUGUUGCUGUUACUUUUUGUGGGUUUUCGUUUAAUUUUUGGUCCAUUGCGGUUGCUCGCAUGCUAGUGGGUGUUGGCGAGGCUUCAUUCAUAAGUCUUGCUGCUCCUUUCAUAGAUGACAAUGCCCCAGUCACACAGAGAAUAGCAUGGCUUGGAGCAUUUUACAUGUGUAUACCAACUGGUGUUGCAGUGGGGUACGUUUAUGGUGGAUUGAUUAGUACCUUUGGUUGGCGAUGGGCAUUCUGGGUGGAGGCACUAUUGAUGCUUCCUUUUGCUGUUUUAGGCUUUGUGAUGAAACCAUUACAGUUGAAAGGUUUUGGUCCUGCUGAAGCUAGCCAGCCUUUGACAGCAGUGGAUGAUGGAUCAGAAGAUCAAGGGUCUGACCUUUCUACAAGGGGAGUGGUUGGUGAUGAAAGUUCAAAAUCUUUGAGGUUCGGAGCUUUAACGACAUUUGGGAAAGAUAUGCAACUUCUUUUGCUUAACAAGGUGUACGUGGUUAAUGUUCUUGGGUAUAUUGCAUAUAAUUUUGUGAUUGGUGCCUAUUCUUACUGGGGACCUAAGGCGGGCUAUAAUAUAUACCACAUGAGCAAUGCAGAUUAUAUGUUUGGUGGAGUUACAGCGAUCUGUGGAGUCUUCGGGUCAAUAGCAGGUGGUCUUGUUCUUGAUCGUAUGAAUUCCACAUUACCCAAUGCGUUUAAGCUUCUGUCAGUUGCUACACUCCUUGGAGCAGCAUUCUGCUUUGCUGCCUUUUGUUUCCAUAGCCUGUAUGCUUUUCUGGCACUUUUUGCAAUCGGAGAGUUGCUCGUAUUUGCUACUCAGGCCCCUGUAAAUUUCGUUUGUCUGCAUUGUGUCAAGCCUAGUCUUCGACCACUAUCAAUGGCAAUAUCUACUGUAUCAAUUCACAUAUUUGGUGAUGUGCCCUCCUCUCCCCUUGUCGGGCUUCUCCAGGAUCGGAUUAAUAAUUGGAGGGUUACUGCCCUUACUUUGACGUCUAUUCUAUUCGUGGCUGGUACAAUUUGGGUUAUAGGAAUUUUCAUGCCCGCUGUGGAUAGAUAUAACGAAGAUGCUGAGCACCCAGCCCCGGUGGUGGAUAAGUCGAAUUCCACUCCGUUGCUUACGGAGAAGAUGGCGGAACCAGCUUAGGGUUUGGUGUGUUUGCGUCGCAUCAUCGUUUCCUCAGCUAGAGGUCCGACUUCGCUAAGCCAUUUUUGGCAUACAAGCAAGUGGUAGACAUGGUUGGAUUUUUCACCUAGUUUGUGUAAAUUCUUCCUUUCAAUUUUCAUGUACAUAAUCUGAUAUUUCCCCAGAAAUGUCCAUAUGUUUAUGGCAUUAGUUGCCUUGCAAUAGUAUUGGGACUGGUUUUUCAUCCCUAACUAUUGUGAUUUGAUAUUGAAAUUUCGAAUUCGCAGCUGUGAUGGCUAACUGUAAUUUCUUUCAUCACAAAAGGACAGAUAAGGGAAUCGAAGACAUGUUUUUAUUUCU